AUGGUAUCGGCACCUUUAGUUGAGGUGGAAUUGUCCUUCCCUGAUUAUAAUAGGAAGACAGAAUUAGCUGUUGUAAAAAGCCUACCAAUCCCAGGCGUAGAUGGUAUACUGGGUAAUGACAUGUUGGAUGACAAGGGACGUGAAUUGUUUCCAAUAUUGUUUUUGAAUGCUUGUCCAGUGGCUGUAACGACCCGAGCUGCUGCAAAGGCAUCAGAUUUGUUACCUAAUGAUGAUGAAGAUUUACAUUUAAGUAGUUUAGCUGUAGAAGUAGAAAGGCCCGGGUCUGUAGUUAGUUGUAGUGAUAAGCUUUUUGGUAAGAUUCAUGACAGUGGGGAAGAACAGGAGAGUUUAAAGAUUCAUGAUAAUGAGGAAGAACAGGAGAGGUUAAACAUUCAUGACAGUGAGGAAGAACAGGAGAGGUUAAAGAUUCAUGACUGUGAGGGAGAACAGGAGAGGUUAAAGAUUCAUGACAGUGAGGAAGAACAGGAGAGGUUCAAGAUUCAUGACAGUGAGGAAGAACAGGAGAGGUUCAAGAUUCAUGACAGUGAGGAAGAACAGGAGAGGUUCAAGAUUCAUGACAGUGAGGAAAAACAAGAGAGGUUCAAGAUUCAUGACAGUGAGGAAGAACAGGAGAGGUUAUAG